AAUGUCUGUUUUCGUUAUUAGUAGUUGUGCGUUGUUUGUUAUGGCGUUCUGAAGGACAGAAGUGUAAUAAACGAAAAACUUGGCGUUUUUUAAUCACACAGUUCUCUGCACUUACCUAUUAAUUUUGUGUUUUAUAUUGAUGGCUAAUAGUUUCGCAAAUUAUUCUACAUCAAAUUAGAUCAUCAUGUCUGUAGCAUUUGCAGCACGCGGAAAUCGACCUCCUUUGAGCCCGGCGCAAAUUCAAAAGAUGUUAGAUGAAAAUGCUCAUCUAAUUCAAACUAUUCAAGAAUAUCAAUCAAAAGGUCAACUUAUGGAGUGUCAUCAAUAUCAACAAGUUUUACACAGGAAUUUAGUUUAUUUGGCGUCGGUUGCAGAUGUUAAUCAAAACAUUCAAAGCAUACUUCCGCCUCCUCACCAACUAGCAGCUGGCAACUCACAAGCACCUCCAAUUAAUUCACCGUCUCCUAGUGGUGGUGAAGUGUCUGGGGGGCCUCAAUCUUCUUACAGACCUCCCGGAGUGUCUACAACACCAACAAGACCAACACAGUCUUAUGGUCAAAGACCAUAUCCGCAAAAUCAGUACCAAGGUCAAUAUCAAGGUGCUCCAGGUGGGUACCCUCCACAACCUGGUUAUGGACCACCUAGUCAAGGUUAUGGACCCCCUAAUCCUCCUCAACAGCCUCAAGGUUAUCCUCCAAACUCAAACUAUGGUCCUCCUAUAACAACUACUCCAAGUAAUUAUCCACCAUCUACACACCCAGGCCCAGGGUAUCCACCAUCAUCAGCGCAGCAACCUUAUGCACCACCUCCUGGCAGUCCAGCUGCUGCUGGAACACCCUAUCCUGUGCGUGGUGCUUCACAACCUGCUUAUACUGGUAAUUCAGCCUAUCCACCAUCACAAACAGGUUCAAAUUAUCCCAAUGUAGGUGUUAGCACUUAUAACAAUUCUACUGGCUCUCAACCUCAACCAUACCAAUCCCAACCUUUUCCUAAUACUACACCAACAUCAGCUUAUAGUACAACUCCUACAUCACAGCCAAAUCGUUCUCCACAGCCACCACCCACUGGUUAUUCAACACAAAAUCCACCCACUUCUGGUUAUGGAUCUCCAUCAGCUCAAUCCCCUACAUAUAAUUCUAGUUCGCAUAAUAAUGCCCCUCCAACAUCAGUAGCGUCUGGGGCGCCAACAUCAGGUGGACCACCAGGUCAACAGUACCCUCCACCUGGACAGGCUUCUCCUUACCCACCAGCAACUCAGCCUCCUUACUCAAAUCCUUCAUCGCAACCAGGAAGUCCUGCGCCAUCAGUUUCUACAGCGCCACCUCCACAAGGUUCAUAUCCUCAAAAUCCCCAAAAUUAUCCUGCCGCAGGAGGUGGUUAUCCACCUCAUGCUUAUCAGCAAGGUUAUCCCCCAGCGCAAUAUCCUCCCUCGCCGUACCCAUACGCCCGUGCUCCAACACCUGGAGCUCCACCUCCUGGUGGUCCACAACCUUAUCCUGGAUAUGGUUUCCAACCACCAACUCAACAGUAAAAAUGUUGUAUUUUUAACUCCAGAUUAUUAUUAAUCUAUACUUAUGUAUACAGGUGUCCGGUAUGUGCACCAUAGGUACUGUGAGGGGGUGAAUAGGCUGGGAUCAAUACCUUCCUAAACAACCUAACACAUAUAAUGUUCAGCGAAAUUGUACGGUUUAUAAUUAAAAUAAUUAUACCACAUUGUCGCAAAUAUCGAAAAAUCGCUACCUUGACACAUAUUUUUAGCAAAUUUUAUACAUCAAAUUAUUAGUGAAUAAUUCUCUAUUGAUUGAUAGACCUUUUUUAUAUAAGAAAUAAUGUAUGUAUUUAGGAAAAACUAAUUCUUAUGUCAAUUUUCGUAGAACAAUUUUCUUGUCGCUCACUUUAACUUACAGCAGCAAUGUAGCAGUUUUGUACAAUAAGUGUAAAAACAUAGAGUAUUUUCAUCGUCGGCUUCAAUUUGUUCAUGAAAAGACCAGACAACCUCUGUUCUGAAAUUGACUACAACGAUGAUGAAGUCCAUUGUUCAUUCAGUGCUAUUGGAGUUAUUGACACCAUCGAUUUCACGCAUCAUUACCCGUACAAACUAUUUCAAUGAGUUUUUCUUAAUAUUACCUAUUUAAAAUGUCAAUUUUUGACAGUAAUAAUACUAUUUUAACUAAAAUAAAAAAAUAAAUCGUUUUAUCAGUCUGCGUGUAGGUGAAAAUUAAGCAUAAUAAGAUCGCAUUGUUCUUGUAACAUCUGUUUUUUUAAUAAUUCACGUAAAUCCAGAGAUCCUCGGAGUAGGUACUUAACUAGUAUUUAGUCUCAAAGUACUAUUCGAUAUGCUUGAACAUUUUCAAGAAAAUCGGCCCCUCUUCGACUAGAUCAGAUUUUUUUUAUAAUUUUGUUGUAAGAAUGUACUAUUAUUAUACUUUUCCAAAAUACUAUUAGAUGAGGUAGUUUUACCGCUUAUUGUACAAAACAGUUCCGGGACAAGAAAAUUGUUCUGCGAAAACUGACAAAAUAAGUAGCUUUUCCUAAAUACUAUUUUAUUUUUGAUAUAAAAAGACGUACUAAUCAUGAAAGUAUCCACGAAUAACUUAAAGUACAAACCUUAGUUUUAUUCACUGAGGUAUGCUAAAAGAUGAGUGUCAAGGUAGUGAUUUUUCGAUAUUCGCGAAGAAGUCGUAUAAUUUUUAAAUCGUACAAUUUCGCUGAAAAUAAAAAUUCGCUGAAAAAUGAGGUUGUUAAGGUAGGUACUAAUCCCAGCUAGAAAAAUGAGGUUGUUAAGGUAGGUACUAAUCCCAGCUAUCACCCCUCGUAGUAUAAUAGUGCACUAAUAACUGGACAACCUGUAAGUAUAUCUACAUUUUAUUCUUUGAAUACUGGACUGGAUAUAUUUAUUUGUAGUUGUGAUAGGAAUAAUGCAACGGGAAUGUUCCCCAAAAAAUGAUAAGUGAAAGAUAGUUUUACAGGCAAGACUAUUUUUAAAAGCGACAUCCUGGUCUUUGAGAAUAAAAAUAAAUUUGGUAAUUAAGUAAUUGCAUCAAUAUUUAUCAAUAGUGGUGUAUUUAUUAUUAUUGUAUCUAUCUAAUAAUUACUAAUGUUUUUUUUUUUACUAUAUGUAAUUUUAUUCAAAUUAACAAAUGACCACCAUUCACAGGAGCAAAUGCAUUGCAUUUUGUAAAAUUAUUAUAACUACUUUAUUAAAAACUCGCGCGAGUUCACCCGGUGCUCGGCACUAAAAUAAUUCGAAAAACGUUCAAACAAAUUGUUCAGUUUUAUAAUAUUAUAUUUAUUAAAUAUUCUCCUGUCGUGUGUGCGUUCACAAAUACAAUUGGGAUGUCGAUAGGGUAUGAAAAUUAAAAAUCUAAUUAGUGCGUAAGUUAGGUAAUUAAAAAAUAUUAGACACGUAUUUUUUUA